AUGGACCUGGAAGGAAGGGCGCCGCUCGCAGCAUCCCGACUCUGGGUCUUUGCCUCAGACGCCUCCUUUGAGACACCCAUCUCCGUGGUUCCAGAUCUGGUCGAGGCUGUCUCUGUCCAUCCCGGCCUGGGGGUGAAGAUGUCGGGGAAGAGGCUGCGCUUUGGGGCGAUGCCACAGGACGUCUUUUCAGACUUCGGCCCACCGCAGCAGGUUUGUGUGAAGGAUAUGAUCCAGCCACCUCUGGACGCCUUCCGUAUCCACUCCCGCACGCCGCUGAGACCGGCGAGCUUGGACUACUACUACAACUACUUCUACCUCGGAAUGGAUGUGCUCUUCGACGGGCAGACCCAUCUGGUGCAGAAGAUCGUGCUCCACACGAAUCCACCAACCCAUGAGCGUUUCUCUCGGUAUACGCGGUGUUUCUUCCAGUUGCAGAUCGAGGCACAGGCACAUGAAAGCCACCAUCGGCAUCACGAGGAUGAUAAGAAGGGGAUUGGAAAGACGAUGACGGUGCUGUUCACAAUGUUCGGCAUGAGCAGCUGGUGGGUUGGCAACGCAAUCUUUGCUCAGCUCCCGCUGCUGGUCUCUCGCCUGCCGGAGUCCGACGCCCUCGGCACGCAGCUAUCGAUGAUGGUGCAAGCAGGUAACAUCUUCUCCAUCAGCUACAAGAUCAUUGAGCAUCACGUGGGGCCAUUGGAUGCAAACCUUGUCGUCAACGGCAUGCACCAAGCAUCCCUCCUUCUUUUGAUGUUCCUGGCUCUUUUCUGGGACUCGCAGCUGAUGGGUCGGAGCCUGCCUUUGCUGGGCUUUUCGAUUCUUGCCGGUGGCCUCGGCUGCCUGUCGGACCUGACCUACUGGUCGCUGGUGAUGCGGCAUCCUCCACCGUGUACCAAAGCUGUCGGUGUAGGCAUGUCUCUUGGCAACUUCGUGGUUCUGGGCUUGUCCACCGUUCAGGUGACGGGACGCAGUGUGGACAACCCCCGCUUUGGCGUGACGAACUUCUUUGUGUCGGCAGCACUGUUUCAGAUGCUUUGGGGUAUCGUGACGCUCAUCGUCCAGGACAAGCUUGGCCCUGCAGUGGUCUGGGCCGCGGGAUUCGUUUCGGAAAGCUUCGGGAAGCGCCUCCUGAACUUGAUCAAUCCCAUGCACGAGAAGGCGGUCGCCUUGCUGCGCGCUGAGCAGGAGGAGGAGGCCCAGGCCCAGCCUGCGGCCGCCGUGACGGACCACCCGGGGCCAAAGUCCUCGGGGCUGCCGCGGAAGAAGAAGAUUCUGCUCUUUGAAGCGGUCAACUUCUGUACAUAUGCCACAACUUACACCUUGCCUUGCAUUUUGCCUUUCGUCGCGGCGGCUUUUCCUGAGAGAAGUCAGCAAUGCCAUCUGCUCCUGAACAUGAUGAUCUUUCAAUCCAUUGGAGACGUCAGCGGUCGAAUGCUAGCUCCCACGUCCAAGAGUGGAUCCUUGCAAAAAAAGCUGCCGCUGGUUGGCGGUGUGGUGCUUCCUCUCUGCUUCAGCAUUCUCAUAGCUUCUGCAGUGGACACUUCCAUUAUCUCCGAUGUGCUGUCCUACGAGCAGGCAGCAUUGGUUCUCCCGCUGAUAGUCAUGUGCUUCUUCUUCUCCCGCGGCAUGCUUGUCUCUGCCGUCUUCCUUCGAGCGAGAGGCCUCACCAGUAGCCGCGAGGCGGCGGAGCACUUAGCCUCGACCAUGGGCUUCUGUGGCCAGAUGGGCGCACUGUCUGCCAACGUGGCCGCCCAAGUGGAAGAGUCUCCACUGCAGCUCGUUGGAGUGGAAGGGACAGCGAUGAGCUCCGAUGAUCAAGAGCUGGAAGGUAAGCCAAGCUUUGCAGGCGUCUGUAUCGAUGUCCGAUGGCUGUGGCCUGACAUCGAAGAGGCCUUGCAAAACGCGGGCUUCUCGAAGUCACGACCACUCGUCAUGAACCAAAGUGACGACAGCCACACAUCUUUCGGCAGCAGAUACUUCUACGCAUUUCCUGGACUCAUCUUCGAGGUGAUGCAGAAUGGGUACCUGGCCUCAUUGACAAUGUUUCAGGUUCCCACGUCCGAGCUUCCGUCAAUGUUCCAUGGCUGGUCCUAA